GCUGCUAGUGUAAUUUGUUUUACCUGCGCCAUUCAGAGCUUUAUCCCUGUAUUUCUCAAACAUUCUUUUUUAGGGGGAAUGGGGGAAGCCUCUUAGUGACAAAAAUGCGUAUACUGGUGCCCAACUGUACAAAAUACCCCAUUUCUUAUUAUUGUUUUGCAUCGCGUAGCCCUCCCAUUUCGACUUUAGAAUCCUUUGAACAUACAUAUCUUUGACAAAUAUGGGUGAUGAGAACUGGGAAGAAGAAUUGGAAUCUACCAACACUACUUCAUUUGUUCCGAAUUUCAAGAAUUUGGAUCUCAAGGAUGAAGAGUUUGGCAGUGAUGAGGUUAUGAGCUCACAAGGAAAUGUGCCUGACAGGGACCAGUCAGGAAGCAGAAGAGGCUUCAGUGCUUUUGGCAGACCUGAAGAAUUUGGCAGUGAUGGCAACAGACGAGGAAGAGAUGGUGCUGGAGCAAGACGGGGAAAUACGCGGGGAGGUUUUGGUGAAAGGCUGCGGGGGUUUAAUGAACAUCUAGAGUAUAAUGGUGAAAGAAGAGGUAACUCUGCACCUAGACGUGGUGUUCCAAGAGGAGGAUUUGGUCUUAGAGUGGGAGGAUUUGGUGACUCUCAUGAUGAGGAAGUAAGCAGAGGAAACUCUGGACCUAGACGUGGCAAUACAAGGGGAGGAUUUGCACGGAAAGAGGGAGCAUUUAUGAAAAUUGGUCCUCUUGACUGUUCCUCAGGUUUUGAUAAGGAAAAUAAUUCUGGGAGCCAUAAUAGGGAAGGAACCACUGGCAGUCGUGGUGGCCCAAGAGGAGGGUUCAAUCAAGUACGAGGAGGUGGCUAUAAAGGGAAGGAUGAAGAAAUGAUGUCAGGCUUCAAUACAGAGAAAGCUCCAUGGAAAAGUGGUAAAGAAAAAGAUGAAGAUCCUGAAGUUCGUAGAUCAACAUAUAUACCACCUCCUCCACCUGAAGAAGAGGAUGCUAUUUUUGCACAUUAUCAGACAGGUAUCAACUUUGACAAAUAUGAUGAAAUUCUUGUGAAUGUCACAGGACAAGGUGUUCCUGCAGCAAUUCUGACUUUUGAGGAAGCUGGUUUUAAUGAUGUGCUAAAUAAGAAUAUUGCUAAAACAGGAUAUGCAAAACCUACUCCUGUACAGAAGCAUGCAAUUCCUAUUGUACUUUCUGGACGUGAUUUAAUGGCCUGUGCUCAGACUGGAUCUGGCAAAACUGCAGCUUUUCUGUUACCAAUUUUAGCUCAGAUGAUGGUGAGUGGAGUGUCAGCAAGCAAGUUUCAAGAACUGCAAGAACCUGAAGCUAUAAUUAUUGCUCCAACCCGGGAAUUAAUCUGCCAGAUCUAUUUAGAAGCAAGAAAAUUUGCUUAUGGAACCUGUGUAAGGUCUGUUGUUGUCUAUGGAGGAACAAAUACUGGUUAUUCAAUUCGGCAGAUAUCUCAGGGCUGCAACAUAUUAUGCGCAACUCCUGGAAGGCUCCAUGAUAUUAUCGGAAAGGGAAGGAUUGGAUUGACAAAGGUCAGAUACCUAGUCUUGGAUGAAGCUGACCGAAUGUUGGAGAUGGGAUUCAUACCAGAUGUUAAGAAGUUGGUGACCUCUCCUGGAAUGCCUGCUAAGGAGGCGCGUCAGACUUUAAUGUUUAGUGCUACAUUUCCUGAAGAAAUUCAAAGAAUUCAUGGGGAAUUUAGGAAAUCUGAUCAACUAUUUGUUUCCUAUAAAAUGGUAGGUGCAACGUGCAGAAAUGUAAAGGGAAGCAUCCUCAGAGCGGGAGAACUGGCCUACGAGGUGAAGGAGUGUGUUGUCCAGGUCUUCAGGCACAUAGGUUCAGAACGUACCAUGGUAUUUGUUGCAACAAAGAAACAAGCAGAUUUCAUUGCUACUUACCUUUGUCAAGUAAAUCUUCCAACUACAAGCAUUCAUGGUGACAGGGAACAGAGAGAGAGGGAAGAAGCUCUAAGAGAUUUUCGUUCAGGAAAAUGCCCCAUUUUGGUUGCUACAUCAGUGGCAGCAAGAGGACUGGAUAUCGAAAAUGUACAGCAUGUUAUUAAUUUUGACCUUCCUGAAGGAAUAGAUGAAUAUGUUCACCGAAUUGGUCGAACAGGACGUUGUGGAAAUGUGGGCAAGGCUAUUUCAUUUUUCGAUCCUACCAAAGCUCAGGAUGUUAGUAUUGCUCAGAGUCUCGUGAAAGUGCUUGCUGAUGCACAUCAAGAUGUCCCUUCUUGGCUAGAAGAAAUUGCUUUUGGUACACAUGGAGCAACAUACAGCAAUCCAAGAGGAAAUGUGUUUUCUUCUGUGGACUCUCGGAAGGAGUUUGGAGGCAGUAAGCAUUUCAACACCAUUGCAGACAGAACUCCAGUGACGAAUGAAGAGGAUGAGUCUUGGGAGUAGACAAGUUGUGACCUUCUGAAAGAUGAGCAGUGUGGGAAGCAGUGCAGUAUUGCUGUAUUAUAAAUAGAACCCUGGGAUUGGUCCCAUUCUUCAGUAGAAGACAGUAAAUGGGCCUCAUUUGUUUUUAUGGACCAUGUGGCACAAAUACCUAUUACUCUGGAUGCUCUUAUUAUACCCAAGUGCUGUUUACUGUGUGUUCUGUAAAGCAUGUGGCAUAGCAGCAAGAAUAUUGUAAUGUGCACUUCAUAGUUUACACUUUUUAUGUUAAUAGUAUUGUAAAGGUUUCUGUUCUUAUCAUUGAUGAUUGAAGAUUUCUGUAGCUUUGUAAAGAUUUCAUUUUGAUCCCUGGCUGUAUCCUAAAGACUUUUAUAUUAAUAUUGGAUACCAGAUGUGAUCAUUUAUGAGUAUAGUAUUGACAAUUAGAAAAGCUAUUUAAGGAGUCUGUUUUGAUUUAUACUAGUUUCUUUAACGUCUGACCUGAUUGGUGUGAUAUUGAUUUCAUGGCCCUCGCCUGUCUCGUUUCUUUUUCACUUAUCUUUGAAUAAAAGAAUUUAUUUUAA